CACACCGAACGUAGAGCGAGCAGUAGCGACACCCACAGUGUUUCGAAACAAUAUCCAAAUACACUUAAUAAGUGGAGGUGACGAUAGUUUUAGCGUUUUGUGUCGUAUUUCAUUUUUCAGUAGUAGUAUGCUCGACCAGUGCAAGUGAGGGAAGGAAAAAUAUUAAUUCGGCAUCGAAACCGUGCAGUAGAUACAAGAUCUUACAAAUGGCAUCUAUGGUCGUGUUUGUGCUGACGCUUCUGCUAGUGCACUGCACCACUCGGGCCAACCCGGUACCGGCAAAGAUUCUUGGAAAGUACGUACUGUCGUACCAAUCGCCCGGAUCGAACGUUCACCUUAAUGCUCACGACGAUCCGGACGAGAUAAACGAACUGUCCAAUGGAAUCGAGAGUGGUGAAAGUGAGCCGGAGUUUGGCAGUCCUCAAACCGCGCCCAAACACUUUCGAUAUCGGUCACAGUAUCGGGACCCGGUCGAAGAUCAGUACGAAGAUCAACAGGAGCAGGAGCAGGAUACAGCGGACUAUGCCGAUGAUUCGGCCACUGCCAGCGCUAAUCAUCAGCAUCAGUACAUGACCACGUACAAGACUGUCACCAAGCAUGGCGGUGGAACACGCCAUCGUCCGAGCUAUUCCGAUUCCACCAGUGAAGAGGAGGAAGAAGAGACGGACACUAGCGCCAGCGAGGAAUCGAACGCUUACAAUGCUUACCGAGCGUAUCAGAACAAGGGAAAAAAGCAUCAAAGCCAUCAUUCUACCGGCACCAGCAACAAGGCACCUUCGGCUGGACAUGGCGGAACGCACUAUCACCACUACAGUCAGCAGCAUCAUCACCGCCCGAAGCAACAACAGCAGGAGCAACAGCAGCUUCAUCACUACCACCAUCAGGUGCCUUCCGGCCACACCUCCUACCAUCCUCAGCUUAUACAGGCCUACAAGAUCCUGCACGGAGCGCCGAACCGGCUGCCAACCUCGCACGAACAGUACACCGAUGACGAUGGCAGUGACGAGGACGAGGACGAAGAUUUUCACAGCGGGGCAGCGAUCGGGGCAGCUGCCGGAACUGCGUCCGGCUACGGGCCACAGAUCAUCCACACCAAGGGACGCGCGAUUCCGAUCAGUCAGCAUGUCGAAAUUGAAACUCCCGUCCCGGUGCCGUACGUCAAGAAGAUACACGUGCCCAUCCCGCAGGAGGUGCGGGUAAAAAUACCGCACCCAGUCCUGGUGCCGGUUCCCCGCCCGUACCCCGUCCACAUCCCGGUCGCCCAACCGAUCGCCGUACCCGACAUUAAGGAAAUUACCGUACCGAUCGAAAAGAUUGUUCCCUAUCCGGUGGAGAAGAAAAUUCCCGUCCCCAUAGAAAAGCCGGUACCGUACCCGAUCGAAAAGCACGUACCCGUCUACCUACCGCAGCCGAUUCCGGUGAAGGUGCCGAUCGUGAAGACAAUUAUACACAAAGUCAAGCAGCAAACUGCCAGCGGUCCUAACCUACCGCCCGGAAGCGGUUCCUUGUGGUAGGUAGGAAUUAGGAACCGGUGCGGCUGGGACAUCUGUACCACAAGGCCUAUUUUUGCGCCCAACCAACCGUGUACUCCAGCGCUGCAUCUAUUUAAGCUGGCCCCGGAAUAAGUUCCGUCGGUAGGGUGCAUACACGCAUAAACCGUCUUCCGCCAGCAAUCGUGCGGGCCUACGGUAGUCGCGGCAUUCAGACGCACGACUGUUGCAUAAUUUCAAGGCGCUACCUACCGUACCGUACCAAUUAUGUUAACCGUGUUGUGUAUUGGCGUUAACUUUUUUCGCUAAUUAACCUUAAUCAUUUCUUUCUUUUGGGCUUUUCUUUAUCGUACAACAACUGUUUGUCAUACAAUGUUGUUAAUGCACUUGUUAGCGUUGUUUUUCCCACCCUGCUAUCGGUUUCGUUAUCGUGCCUACUUCCUAUUUUUCAUUGAACUGUUUUUCCAUUUGCUUCAUCUCAGUACGCUACAAAUGACGGCACUGUGUGUCCUCAUAUAAGGGAAACUAUUUAAAAAUGCCAUUUUGUUCGAUUUCUUUUUUAAAGUGCUGCAGAAUGUUACCACAAACGAACAAAAAAACCGACUAAAUUUUCAUCAUUCGUUUUAUUGAUUUUUAUGAUAUUUAUUACAACUUUUGCUGCUCAACAGUUGCUCAGGUUAGGAAAUGUAUUAAAUGUAACGAUUGUCCGUGCGUUGGAGGACGAAUGACAAUUUUAAUCGUAUUUGAACCGGUCUAAAAGUGUUUGCAAAAAAGCACGAUGAACUAACGCACCCGUUAUGGGUUCAAAUCUUGACUUGAUUGUGCCACCGAUAAUACAGGAUUGACAUGAUGCCUAGCUAUGAGCAGUCCAAGUCAAAGACAACACGGACCAAGAACGACCGUGUUUGUUUUUAAUGUCAUCAUCUAUUUUGUUACUAGGUUUGUAGUUUGUAGGUCAUAAGCAUAGCUCUUCAUCGAUAUUCAUUGUUUAUACCCAUCAAUCAUUUCAUUCAGUUUUUAGUUUUGUUUUGUAGAUAAAUGCUUGUUUUUAUAUCAUUUUUUAGAUGAUUGCUAUUUUGCUGUAUAAAUUGCUCUCGUUUUCUUACAUGACCAAUAAAGCGAUUUAUUCGAACAAUUA